ACUUGUACCGCGUUCAAGACAACUUGGAACUCGGAAACUGAGCUCUGGGUUUCACGUUUGAAAAGGAUCAGAAUCAACCAAUAGGAACAUCUACGCAAAAACCGUACGCAAAUUCUCACUUGGGAGGUUCUGAUCUUUCCGAGUUGUCUUGAAAGCACCACGUGUGAAUUCUCUAGACUAUGAGGUGAUAAUAGUUUAUUGUAGUCGAUGCUAUGCGCCGUUUGGGAUUUGAGGGGAGCUGUUUCUUUCGCUUUGAAAACAAUUCUGGUUAUUCCCCAAAAUGUAGGUCAGUAGAUCAGUGGAGCAAACGUACACUCGAGGAAGUCCUGGGACGCGAUCGUGGAAAUUUGAUAAUUUUGGCCAUAUUUGUGGCAUUCUACCAUGUAAUUUCGCAGGACCCUUGCAGUUAGGACAAACCAAUAGCCUUCCUGUUUCUCGGCCUGAUGUCAUAACGCCCCAUCUGGCAGGAGCCAUGCCUGAUGUCAUAACCCCUCACCUGGCAGGAGCCAUGCCAAUCCAAGAGCUGUCUAGGAAACGGAAGGGGGAUAUAGACAACAGGGAAAAUGGUGAUGCUCAAAUAGAGGAGGAACAGAGCAGAUCGGAAGAUGAUGAUCAACAGGUGAAAAUAAAAUGCUUCAGGGAGCCACACAGCCAAAUUGAAAAGCGGCGGAGGGACAAAAUGAACACCCUUAUCGACGAGCUGUCAGCCAUGAUCCCCUCCUGUAACCCCAUAGCCAGAAAGCUUGACAAACUCACUGUGCUGCGAAUGGCUGUGCAGCACCUCAAAGCCCUGAAAGCAGGUGCUAGCAGUUCCUUUACUGAUGUUAAUUACAAACGCAAGCCUUCGUUUCUGCCUCAGGAUGAUCUCAAGCACCUGGUGCUCACGGCUGCAGAUGGGUUCCUGUUCGUGGUGAGUUGUGACAGGGGGAAGAUCGUCUUUACCUCAGAAUCCGUCUCCAAGUUCCUCAACUACAGUCGGUUGGAACUAAUUGGACAGAGUCUUUUUGAUUAUGUCCACCCGAAGGACAUUAGUAAAGUGAAAGAGCAGCUGUCAGCCUCAGGAUUAUACCCUCGCGAACGGCUCAUAGAUGCCAAAAGCUCUCCCGGUUCUUUAGCAGGGUUACAGGUGCAGGACCUUCCUGUGGGAGCAGUUCAACUGUGUACAGGGGCACGGCGCUCCUUCUUCUGCCGCAUGAAGCACAGCAGAACAGUUAUGAAGACAGAAGACAAAACCAUCCAGCCCAGCAGCUCCAAGAAAAAGGAGUCUCAGCGAUACUGCACUGUCCAUUGCACUGGUUACAUGCGGAGUUGGCCUUCCACCCAGCUGGAUGCUGAGAGUGACGAUAACGAGUUCACCCAUCUGUCCUGCCUGGUCGCUGUGUGCCGUGUUCACCCUAACAAUGCCUGUCAGCCCUCACUAGAGGUCAAGGUCAAACCCACCCAGUUUGUCACUCGCUUUGCAAUUGACGGCAAGUUCACCUUCGUGGACCAACAAGCCACUACUGUUCUGGGCUAUUUGCCACAGGAACUACUGGGGACCUCUUGUUAUGAGUACUUCCACCAGGAAGACCUGCGACCCCUCGCAGAGACACACAGGAAAGUUCUCCGCAGUAAAGAGAAGAUUGAGACCAGCUGCUACAAGUUCAAAACAAAACUUGGCUCCUUCGUCAUGCUUCAAAGUCAGUGGUUUAGUUUUAUAAACCCGUGGACCAAAGAAAUUGAGUUUAUUGUGUCAACAAACCGAGUUUUGGGACCCGGUCACACAGAAGCUGAACAGCCGAGCAGCUCCAAGCUGUUGGACGAAGAGAGCAAAAAUACUAUCCUUAUCCCUGGCAUCUCCACUGGCAUGGCCACUAUGAUCUACGCUGGCAGCAUAGGGACCCAGAUAGCAAACGAGCUCUUGGACUCCAACAGGGUCAAUUGUUCUCCAUCGAGUGAAACCUCCAGUCCCUUCUGUCCACCUCAGGACAGGUCUCCAAUGGUCUCCUCUCAUGCCAACAUGUCAAAUGAGGAGGUGACUGAUACAGUGAGCAAGUCUAGAUUACAGUCUGCUUCAAAGGGGGCCACAUACGCUGGCAGCAACACACAUAUGGACACAGCCCAUUCUCCCCCAGGAGAGACCUCCCAGAUGGACCUGGACAGCAUGGUGGGACCAGGCCUCGGUAUCCUGAGCAACGACGAGGCUGCCAUGGCCGUCAUCAUGAGCCUGCUGGAGACUGAUGCCAACCUGGGGGACGCAGUAGACUUUGACAACAUGCACUGGUCUCACUAGCAUAGAUUCAAAUGCCAUGAAUUCAGGAGAAGAAUUUAGAUUCUAAUUCAAGAAUUGAAAAAUGAUAUUUAUUCUUAUCUACAUUACUUCAUUUUAUUUAUUUAAGCACUUUCAAAGAGGAUUUCGUUCAAUUCCUGAAUUGGGAUUUUAAUUCACUUCCAGAAUUUAAAUGGAAUUGACCCCCAACUCCAUCAGUCCUUAACUCUGUAGUUUAUGGUUAGACGAACUCCAUCCAGGGACUAUUUUCAUGUGCUCCGCUACCAAGGAAACAGAUGUAUGUGCUUCUGAGGGACUUCUACAGCUCUCUGUUUAAGUUUCAGCAAGAGAAAUCUAGCCUGCUCUAAAACCAGCUAACUAUUUGGUGGCUUACACAGCUGGUUCAAUUGGUAGGGAUUUUUUUGAUCAAUGUUUCAAUGUAACUGAAUGUGUACUAAAACCACCCGAGUUUGCCUAUAUCUGGGGGGGUCACAGAUCGAUAGCAGUUCGGUACUCUCGGGGUUCCCGCCUGUGAAAGUGAUCAACUCAAAUUCCAAGGUAGUGGACGGAGGCAUAGGUUAAUCAAUUGCAAAGUAUAUUAACUCUGAACACUGAUCACUUGUGUGAAUAACUUGAAAUGAAACAUUACAAACGUGUCUUCACUCAAAUUGUCAUUGUCGAUUAUUACAAAGUGAAAUUGUAUAUUCUUCUGUCUUUUUGCUCUUGCAUUGUAGGCUUCUGUGUAGGUGUCUAUUGUAAAGACACCAGCAUUCCUUUUUCUGAAGUCACUCAAGAGGUAGAGCUGCUUCUCUUGAAAUGUUUUUAUUUACACUGAAACAGAAAACCCUUAAGAUGCACCUGCAGGGAUGUAAUGGAGGCUAAACGCACAGAAACAACUUUUUAUUUUGUUGAAAGCAUUUACACAUUUAUUCCGCAACGUUGGCGUUGUUAGCAAUAGCAUGUGCUUUGCCUAUCCUAGAGGAACACAAUGGAAAUAAGCUCUCGGGCUUGAUUGUGUUUUAUCCUCAAUGGUUUUAAAUAUCUGUUCUUCAACUUUUUAAUGAUCAAAUAAAAUACUCACUGCCCGUCAUCACAACCAGCAUUCAGGUCUUACCCAGUUUAAUCCUUUUCCACUACAUCCCUGUGCAUCUGCCUUAUACAAACACAUCCUAGUUUGUUUGAAAUGUGGAGGUGUGAAACUAAUCCAGACAAGGAAAAUAAUGCUUGCAAACAACCUUUUGAUCCUCGCUUCAGCAAACUAUUGCGAAAGCCUCUUUUAGUCCAAGAACUAAUCUCAAUACCGUGUCUGCCUUUGCUAUGAACAGAGCAUUACUUUCUCUCUGUGAAGUUUGCACACCUUCCAAAUACUUAAAAUCCAAGUGCUUGAAAAUAAAUGAAGUCUGUGUUGCUGUAAUUCAAUCUAAAUGCACUGUACGUUUUGUUCUGCAAUUUUGGUUGCGGAACAAAAUGAGGGACAAAAGGGAGAAAUAUCAGUGAAUCCGUAAUGACUUGAAUUGUAAUGCCUGUGUGCACUCCUGCAGUGUUGAUUAUUAUUAAACUUUUUGGGUGAGGGAAGAUCAUGGCUUCAUGUGCAAAGAAUCAAGUAAUCUGGCACAGAAAAGCAAAUGAAUAAACUGCAUGUCAAAUUUU